UAAAGUGGUAUGCGCCGCAGUUAGUGCCACUGCUUCAACUUCAAACUGCUGCGGCUGCUGCAUUUCGCGUGUGCUUCUUCUCACCUACUAUCGAUCUCGAUGAUGGUAACUUCCUGCAAGUUGGAUUCGCAAUCAGUUGUGGCAGUGCCAAAAAUGAAUUCGGUGCGUAUCCGCAAACCCGCCAGCAGUAAUAGCAACUCAUCCGGAUUCCGGCUACUGGACGGCGAUCAGCUCGAAAACAAUUCGAGUGUCAGUCGAAAUUCGAUAUACAAACUUAAGAUCGAUCUAAUGUUUGACGAUUCCAGAUCAAUGCGCAGCAACCGCCUCGACGAUCCGAGGGGAUCGCAUCGCACGCGUUCCAUCAUCAUGUAUGGACGUAGUGAGCUGGCCAGCACCACGGGCGAUAAGCCGCCAUCGCUGAGCAGUUUCCUGCAGGAGACGGGCGAAUCGGCCAAGGUGCUGGCCGAGGCGGCCAAGAACGAUGUGCAGCGCAUUAGCAACAGCGUUCAGGCUCAAAUCGAGCAGCUCUUCACCGAUGUGGCCAAGGAUGCCACAAAUAGCUUCGAUGUCACCUGCCUAGGCAGUCUGCCGCUUAAGGAUAAGGUGACCAGUCUACAAGGAUUACAAGAGCCACUGCGUCAGCUAUAUCUAGCUGAGGUUACGAAAAAGAAGCUCAAAUCGGGUGCUUUGGAUAUUUGUGCAACAGGAUUGCGAAUCAAAAUCAGCGCAACGUCAUCUUCAAGCAGCGACGACUUCGAUUCCAAUAUUACACCUUUUCACAACAUUGCUGUGUGGUCGGCAGUUAAAUUUGUCAUAUCCGACACGGAUGGAGGCGCGGCAUUUUUGCCACUCAUUACCGAUCCAGACAAUAUAGACAAGACUGCAUUAUUCCAGCCACUGAGCGGCAUUGAGCAACUGGCUGUGGAGCAAAGUGAGCACAUGCAUGCGCCGAUCUUUGCUGUUGUGAUGCGUUCGGCCAGCGCUCCAAAAAUACUGGAAUGCCACGGCUUCAUUUGCAAGAGCACUGAGGAUGCGAUUGUCAUAGCAGCCACUCUGUAUCAGAGCCUGAUGGCGCAUGUGAGCACCAAUUCGCACCGGAGCACAAAGCGACGAACGCCUCGACAGCAGAACGGCGUUAGUUGCAUCAGCAUUGCGAGCAGCUCGGCGAUGACCAGCUCCAACUAUCUGUCACGAUCACAGAUAAUGCCCAGUGGUCGUCGCAGUUCAUUUCGCAGCAGUGCUGGCACCAGCAGCCUGGCCGGCAUGAGUCCCAAGCUAAUGGGUGUUGGGGCAUCGACGCCGUCACGUUCCACGCGCAAGAAGCGCGUCUCGAGCAGCUCGCUCAGCUCCAACAGUAAUGUGAUCAAUGAGGCAGCCGAGAUCGAGACCUCGACGGAGGAACGUAAACGCAAAUCGCACAAGACGAAACGUGCACCGCCCGUACCGGCUCCAAAUGUUCCCGGAAUCUACAAGAGUGGUUCCGGCCGAAACAAAGGCAACAACGCAAGCAAUAACGUCAUGUGCAGCAAUGGACAUGUAAAUCGUUUGCAUCACCAGCACAGCGGGCAUGUGAAGCGACCCACAACACCAACGCCCAAUGGCCGCAAGAUGAGCGAUCUUGUGGGUGCCAGUGCAGUUGCAGCAGCUGCCGGCGAUGGAGAUAUAUUGACACGUGUAGCAAUACCGAGAUCGGGGAGCUUUCUCAACACGGGUGGAUUAACGCGAUACAAAUCGAGAGCGGCAAGGCGCACAAAUUCCGGCAAACUGGGCGGCGGUGGUGGUGGAGGUUCCCCACUUGGUUUCAGUGAACUGUUCAAUGAAUUUCGACUCCAUGAGAAUCUGCACUCGCUGGACGAUAUUCUAUAUGCCAUAAUCGAUGCCGAUGGCAUGUCCUUCAACGAUCUGAAGCCCAUAUAUAAGGAGUUCCUUUUGAAGCUGGCCGUUACACUCACACAGGACGAGCUCUUUCAGCGAUCCAAGAAUAUAAUGCGUCGCCAGAAGAAGAAGAAGCAGAAGCGCAAGACAAGCGGAAAUGGGUCACAGAAAAAACCGAAGAGCAUGUUUUUUGGCACCAAAAGCCUGAAGAAAGUCUUUCAGCUGGGACAAUUUCGCUCCUGUCGCGGCAAGUUGGCCAAGCCAGCACGCACUAAGGAGCCACCGGCAAUCCGAGAGGAGUCCAACAAGCGACGCCUAACGCCGCCCAUCGUCAUUGGGCCGCCAACUAGCCAAAGCCAUUCGCAGCCGCGUCAACGAAAUCGGGUGGCAACCAGUGGAUCGGAUGUAUCCGUGGUGCGCAAUGAACAUGCCCUGCAAGGACUCAAUCGUAACAGCAGCAGUGGGUAUGUCUCUUGUUCCGAGUGCAGCUAUGACUCGGAAUCCUGCACGUGUGCCUCCGCUGAUCGCUGCUACUGCAGCCUGCGCACGGAGCAUCUCAAUCAUAAGUUGCGGCAGAAGAAUGAGAGAAACAUGGCCAUGGCUAAUUCACGUAAGCCAACUGUCAAUACUGGCACGGUUGGUGGCAACCGGCAUUCGUUGAUCUCGUGCAAGUCAGAUGAGAAGUGUUAUUGCUCCAUGGUGGAGGAGGAGCCGAACAGCACACUGGAGCACGACUCGGCCAAUGCGCACUCGGACACGACGACCUGGUGCGAUACGGAUAGCUGUGUGAGUGCCAGCAAAUGCUAUUGCAAACGCUCCCAUCUCCGGCAGCGUGCAAUUGCAAAUGCAGCCAAUGUUAGCGAGGAUUCACUCAAUCAGCGCCCCAAAUCACGGGCGGCGCCGAGGAAGGGUAAACCCAGUGAGAAACUGGGCCUGGACUAUGAACUGUUUACGAUCGGUGGCAAUAGCAAGCCAGUGCAGCCCCAUGAGGCACUCAGCGUGAAGAAGAGUGUGGAGGCUGCCGCUGUGUUUGCCGACAUGAAACUAAGUCAGACGACGGACAUCAAGAGUCUCUGUCCACCGAUGAUCAGCCAGAAGCCCGCGAUGCGGUCCAGCAACGGCAGUUGCCAUUCGAACGCCUCGCGCCGAUCCCUCUAUCGCACACGCGAAUCCUUCAGCAGCGAUCGACUUGGCAAUCCCAUGGUCAUACCCCUAUCCCUGCCGAUGCACAUGAAUGGAUCUCAGAAAUCGUGCAGUGCCGACGAUCUUUUGAGCAACAUCAAGGCAUUGGAGAAGGCUGCCUCCAUUCGAAGCAGUGUGAGCAGAAGUCGCAUGGCCAGCUAUCAAUCCAUGCGGGCCGUGAGCGCAUCUCUCGAGGAUUCGCUAGGGUAUUUGCCAUAGAGUUUGAAUACAAUAAAUGUAGUUAGUUGCUAAGUUAUCUAAACAACAUACUCACAGCCACACAUAUACACACUUACUUAUAUAGGGAUCAUAUAUUAUUAUAAAGACCGCUUAUGUUUCCCAAGAUAAUUGUGGCCUAUAAGCUGUAAAUAAUUAUCUUGGGAAACGUAAUCAUGACUUGACAUUAUUAAAGUUUUGUGCUAUUUAUAAAUAUACCUAUACGAACUCGUGACAUUAAUCCUUAAGAAAUUAAAAAAAAAAAAACAACGAACACGUGCAAUACGAAUACCAACACAACAACAUAUAACAUAUAACAAUAUAUAAUCCUAAUUAUCAAAGCAGUGCAAUAUUUAUUAAGUAUACUGAAAUAAA